AUGAAGCUCCUCACCACCUUGAUCGUCAACGCCCUGGCUCUGACGGCCUCCGUCCAAGCAAGAGACUGCACCCCGGGCAUGAACUACUGCGCAGGAGUCUUGGACGACGUCGACACCAGGUACAACGCGCUCAUGGACAGCGCAAUCAAGCAGAAGUACGGCAACGAGUGGUGGUCCUUCGUCAACCAGAAGGGAGAUUUCUUGUACCACUGCGAGAGCGGCGGAGGAAUCAGUAUCGUCUCGGGCUGCAGCUGGGGAUGUGUCAAUAACGGCGCGGGGCAGAGUGAUACUUGCCGAUGGGCGUGA